AUGGCCAUUUUGGACUACGAGUACGACGCCAAGGCAAUCUCGCCCGAGAUCAAGCGUGGCAUUGACUUCCUCUACGAGGCCUCUGACAGGCCCGAGGCCGUCGCUGCGUGGGCUGGCUGCUUCAGCAAGAACGCCAGGCUUCUGAAGGGCGAGCAGGAUGUCGUUGGUGUGCCAGCCCUCGAGCAAUACCUCUCCGACACCUGGAAGGACACCAACUCCCGGGUUCACGACGUCAAGAAGGUCACCGUGCUCAAGUCGUCGCCUCUGACCCUGCAGAUCGAGGGAGUCACCACUUACCAGCGCAAGUCUGGCAAGGAGCAGCAGGGUACGUGGACGGCAGAGCAGAGCUACGUCGAGGAGAACGGCAUGCAAAAGAUCUCGAGUUACAAGAUCAACUUUAACAUGGUGUAUUAA